AUGCUAAAAGCAGCGGCGGAGUCAAGUGACAGUCUCAAAGAGCAUCCGUUUGAAUCGGACAGUACCCAUUGCCCCUUCUAUGCGAGACACGAACUUCCGGUCUUCGAGUACUACGCCAAGUACCCGGAUAAAGCCGCGCGUUUUGCGAGGGCUAUGGCUGGGGCAACUAGAAUGGGCCUCCACAUCAAGGAGCUACGAGACUGCUUCUCUUGGGAAGCGCUCGUAGGUACUGUUGUCGAUGUCGGCGGUGGGAGCGGCCACAUAUCGAUAGCUUUGGCCCGAUUGUUCCCGCACCUCAACUUCGUCGUACAAGAUGGCUCGAACAACAUGCUUGCCGAAGGCCGCGCGCUCCUGGCAGACGACGUCAGAGAACGCAUCACCUUCGUGCAGCGCAGCUUCUUUGAGCCACAGCCUCUCCGAACAGAUGAUCCCGCAGCGGCAUACCUAUUCCGCCAGUGUACGCAUAACUGGUGCGGUCGAGACGUCAUAACCAUGUUCCGAUCCUUCGUUCCCGGACUGGAGUCCUCUGGGCCAGCGACGCCGCUAUUAGUCAACGACAUCAUCAUGCCUGAGCCCGGCGAAAAAUGGCCACGGCUGCUAGAGCGGGAUAUUCGACAGAUCGAUAUGAUAUUGAUUAGCUACGGCGGCAAGCAGCGCUCCAAGACGGAAUUUGAGGUGUUGUUGAAAGAGGCGGAUGCGCGAUAUGAAGUCCACAAAGUGCAUGCAAUUGGACCACUCGGCUUGCUGGAGGUAUAUCUGUCAGGGUAUAGUAAAUCGGGGUGGCUACAGGCGCCAUGUCUGGAUAUUUAA